AUGGGGAAGAACAAGAGUCAUUCAAAGCCGCUUACGCACGAGGAGAUCUGGGAUGACUCGGCUCUUGUCAGGUCGUGGGAUGAGGCUGUCGAGGAAUACAAGUUAUACCACAGCAUCCAUGCGCGAGGGGAGAACGUCGAAGAUGUCCUACGAGAAGCGGAAGCUGCACAGGAGGCAGGCGAGGACUUUCAGGGAGACAGCAUCGACGAUGACCAUCCAAUGGGAAUGGAUGAAGCCAAUGUAGAUGUUGAUUCUGCUGAGCCUGCGGCACCAUUGGACGAGAGCAAAACAAUUCUACGAGAAGGUUUGCCCAAGACGGUAAACGAUGUCCAGCCUCAGCAAAGCGGAGGAAUUUCCACGACCGGGGCUCCCACGGGUCCUACAGUACCACACGCAGCCAUGGGACAAGUCCAGGAUGAAGGGCUGAAGAACCUGAUGAUGGCCUGGUAUUUCGCCGGAUACUACACCGGCCUGUACGAGGGACAACAAAAAGCCAAACAGAACCCUGGAUCUUGA